ACAGAAUAGGAGGGAGGAGAAGUGACAAGUCACAGGUGACCGGAGCUAAACUGGAAACUUUGUCGUCUUACCAGACUAUACACGACGGUCCGGUGGAAUAAGUGGAGGAAGUAAUAUCCUGAAGAGGAACUGAGGCCGUGAUAUGGCGUUGGAGGCGGUAGGAGACCUUGCUCUUCACAUAAUUCUUUUGAAACUAGGUCCCAAAGAUACUGUGAAGGUUUCCUGUGUCAGCAAAAGGCUUAGGGAUUCUGCUUCUGGUGACCUUCUGUGGUCCAAAUUUUGUCUUGAUGAUCUUGAUCUCGUAUCCCCUCAAGACCCUCAUGGAAACCCUGCUCCCUCUUUCAACGUGAUUGAAAAAAUGAAGCCUUUUCUGUUGUUUCUGUAUUCACUAUUCUCGUUUCCAUUUUGCUUGAAUUUUUUUGGGGAUAAUUUGGGUAGCUUAUCAAUUAUGGAGAGAAGCUUUUGCUAUGUACCCUGGCCACUUGUUCUGCGAGUGAAAAGAUGUUGGGGCAGGAUUAGGAGCUGGUUGAGCAAGAAUUUUCCGGAGGCAGAGGCUACCCUCCGAGUAGGGGCGUCAAAAUCUGAUAUUGAACAAUUAGAGAACCUCUUAAAAGUGAAAUUGCCUCUUCCCACUAGGGUUCUCUAUCGCUUUCAUGACGGCCAAGAAUUGGCUGCCAAGAAGCUGUCUAGCAAUUCACACUUUUUAUUGGGAAUCAUGGGUGGCUACCGUUUCAACAACCGUUGGGUUAAUGUCUACUUGUUGUCUCUUAGUGAGGUGAUUGUCAAGACAAGGGCGGUUGCUCAUCGUCUGGGUUUUCGAAGCAAGUAUAAGUACAUUGUUGUGGCUGCUUCCUUGACUGCUAGUAUUAAGCUUUUUUUCCUUAGCUGCCGAAAUGGCCGACUCACUGUUGGUGCAAGGAAUAUUUUAACACUUGGGGAAAUGAUUCAGUGUGUGCCAAAUUCGCUUAUUCGAUCUGUGCAUGAUUCUAGUGGUGAUUAGCAGCAAGAUGCUAUGUUGCUAUGGUUAGAAGAACAUGGCCGUCGCUUAGAAAGUGGCAUUAUCAAAGUUCGUGAACAAGAGAAUAUCAAAAGUAUCAGUCUGUUUCCAAAGUUUCCUCCCUUUUGCUCUGUAGCAAUAACCAAUGGUGUUCAGG